CUUAAAGAGCUGGAUGCAAUCGAAUUUGUCUCCCUCGAAAAUCCGGCGCUAAUUAAAGCAUGUUCAUCCUUUACCAGUGGUUCCCAAAUCUGAGACACCGGCAUAUAUAGAAAGAGGCAAUCCGGAGGCUGUGAAGGCGGUGUUCAAGGGGUGGAAGAAGAGAGGCCUUCUUUCUCUCUGUCUCUCUUCCAAGCCAGCGACUUUAGGAGAAGAGAGAGAGAGAGAGAGAGAGAGAGAGAGAGAGCAAUUGGUUGGGGGGGUGAAAUGGAGGGCAAGGAGGAAGGGGGGAUGGCGACGGACUUCUUCUGGUCGUACACCGACGAGCCGCACGCUUCCCGCCGCCGGCUCAUCCUCUCCCAGUACCCUCAGAUCCGAGAGCUCUUCGGCCCCGACCACUGGGCCUUCCUCAAGGUCUCUGCAGUUGUUCUUCUUCAGCUAUGGACUGCAACCUACCUCCAUAGUGCAAGCUGGGUGAAGAUACUAACGGUUUCGUAUUUCUUUGGUGCCUUCCUAAACCACAACCUCUUCCUAGCCAUCCAUGAACUCAGCCACAAUCUAGCCUUCUCGACCCCAUCUUACAAUCGCUGGUUAGGAAUCUUUGCCAACCUUCCUAUUGGUGUUCCCAUGUCCAUCACAUUCCAAAAGUACCACUUGGAGCACCACCGUUUCCAGGGUGUUGACGGUAUCGACAUGGACAUCCCCAGCUAUGCUGAGACCCAUAUUGUUACAAACACCAUCACCAAAUCCAUAUGGGUCCUAUUCCAGCUCUUCUUUUAUGCUCUUAGACCACUCUUUCUCAAACCCAAGCCCCCCGGAUUGUGGGAAUUCGCCAAUUUUGCAAUCCAGAUUGCUCUUGAUGCCAGUUUGGUCUACUUCUGGGGUUGGAAAUCAUUUGCUUAUCUAAUACUUGCAACAUUCGUCGGAGGUGGCAUACAUCCGAUAGCAGGUCACUUCAUUUCGGAGCACUAUGUUUUCAAUCCAGACCAGGAGACAUACUCAUACUAUGGCCCCUUGAAUCUGAUGACAUGGAGCGUGGGAUACCAUAAUGAGCACCAUGAUUUCCCUAGAAUCCCAGGGAACAGGCUCCACAAGGUGAAGGAAAUAGCCCCGGAGUACUACAACAACUUAAAGUCACACAGGUCCUGGAGCCAAGUGAUAUACAUGUAUAUCAUGGACAGAACAGUAGGACCCUACAGCCGAAUCAAGAGAAAGAUAUCCAAGGAUGCUGGGGUGACCAAGAAAGAUGAGUAGGGCUGCAAUUUUAUGUUCUUUUUUUGUUGAUUGCAGUUACUGCUAUUCUUUUUAACCUAAUGUUCAGAAUCUGGAGCCAUUUUUUUAUGGGCAGCGAUGAGAGAGCAAGAUGCAUCUUAAUUCAACCAAUUUGAUUGCUUUUCUCAUAUCUUUUGUAAUGAUAUUUAGACUUGAUGACAUCUUCUUCAUGUUCUAUUCUUGUUGUAUGAUCCUUGGAAACAUAUCUUUUCUGUAAGCUUUUAAAAGUAAACAAAGUUUAUUGCCUUUGUCUUGGAGAAUAA